UACAACAUUUAUAUUUCAUCUCUAGAGAAAAAGGAUGUUUCUGAGAAGGAAAUCGCAGACGACAAGAAAUAUGUGGAUAAAGAACAUGACAAUAACUCUGAGGAUGAACGCACUGACAGUGAUAGUGACAGUGAGGAAGGCAGGGGCCAGCCGGUGAAGCUCAUUAAAGAUUUCGUAAGAGAUCCACGGAAGCAGGAUGUGACCUUGCAUGUGAAGGUCAUGAAGGUGGGAGAGUGGAGAAAAAGUCCAACAAGAAACAAAUCAUGGCCACUGUGGCUGAUCCAACCUCAGCUGUUGAUAUCUGUGUGAGGGAGGAAAAACUCUUUGACAAGUUCAAAUCAAAUGAAUGCAUUAUCCUGAGAAAUGUCACCUGGACUAGGAAGGUUUUAUUUGUUAAGUUCUCUUCCACGGCAACCUUUGCCGCGGAGAUUCGGGUGCCAGAAAAUAUCGUUGCCGAUGCUUUUGGGGAAGGAGACCCAGUGCCCAUAUCCGAAGUCCCAGAACUGCCUGAGUUGAGCAGGAUUAGUUAAAGAGGAAAAAUUGUGAAGCAAUCCCCUCUAACAAAACGGAAGUGCUAUGGGAAGGUGUUGUUAUAUUGCCAAGUCAAACUGAUGGAUGACACUGGUUUUGUGUAUAUGGACGUCUGGGGCGACAUUGCAGAUCAGAUACAGAUGGGCAGGGUCUUCAAGAUUAAUUCCUGCAAGAAACGAGAAUCUGAGAGGUCCCUCGACUCAUGGAUCACAACAACACCCAGGUCUACUGUGACGUACCUACCCUCCUCAGAACUAAAACAAAUCCAGAAGGAGCGUUACCAAAGAGGUAAGCUGAUGGGGAUCGACGUCACACCGUACAUGUCAUGUCCAACCCCCAGAUGUUUCCAUUUCCAACUGACAGACGGGCUAUGUGAGUCGUGUCAGCGUCAUAUCCAAGACCGGGACCAGGUGAUCUAUGGGGAGGCCAUCAUUGACAUCCGGACACAGAAAGGAAACAUUCACCAACUGACCGUCUACUGGCCCGAGCUCUGCAAACUGUUCGGAUUGUUCAAGAAGGACAUCCCACCAGGAAUCGAUAAGGAGAAGAUUGUCCAAACAUUUAUGGAUCUCGCGGAAAAGCCCGUGAAGUACCAGGCAUGUGGGAUCGUCAGAAAGUUUAAACGGUAGACAGAAAUACAGCCCUGGGUGUGUGAUGUGCUGGCAAAUUUGUGACCUUCUAUCUCUUAUAUGGGUCAAAGACUAUUUAGAUGUAAUAUGGAGCUUUGAAUCGUAGUGCUUAUGGAGUAAUGUGUGCUUUAUUUAUCACGUAGUGUGUAUUGUAAAUCUGAAUACAUGUUAAGGUGAUGGUUUAUGAGCUAUAAGUGUAAUGUAGAUUCAGUAGAUUGUAAAUAUUUUGGACCUUGAAUUGGUACAAAGAACAUCACAAACAACAUUUGCUGACCAGGUAGACAGUGAGAUGUAUUCUGCAGCUUUGAAUCAUGGUGAUGAUGAAUUAUGUGCUGCUAUACUUGUCAUGUUGAGUUUGUGUCAUUUGUAGUCAUACAUCAAGUCUUCACAUAUCUAUUUUUCAAACUGCCUUUGAUAAACAUCUAUUAGUUUUCGGUUUGGGUUCAACAUGUCCAUACUGUCAUUGUCUUUCCAGGAAUAGAAAAUAGAAAUAACAAUUCCUUUCGCUGUGUUGAAAUGAAUAUAUGUUCUCAUGCUGAUGCCACAUGCUCCCAGAAGCUUCAGGGACCAUUCAUUAAAUGAAACAGAACUGUUUCUGAAAUACCA